GCAGGGAGCGGGUGCUGCGUGGUGCUAAGCCCCUGUGCGCUGCCCCACACCCAAGUGCUUUACCUUGAAUAAAGCUGGGCGGAGUGUGCCUGGGGUGUGGGGUGACUUGGGGUGGGGGGGACAGACGGACCAGGAGGACGACGACAGACAGGUCACCCUACCGUUCCUUAGCCCCGCUCCCUGGCAUGGCUGCCCUGCCCGGGGGUGGGUGUAGAGCGGGGGGAAGGCGCUGCAGUCCCGGCCCCCCCCCGCCCCGUCCCGGCCCCGUUGUGCCGCCGCGGGUGGGAGCCGCGGCCGGGCCACCCACGUGGAGGCCGCGGGGGCGCUGCCCCGUGGCCACGCCCCUUUCGCCACAAGCCACGCCCCUCCCGGGCGUCGCCACGCCCCGCGGGGGCGGAACCACCCGGGACCGCGGCAGCCGCGUGGGGACGCGCCACGGACCGGGGGGGGUACGGCCCGUCUGCCGCCGGUGUCCCCGCGCUCUGCCCUCGCCGGGCCCCGUACUGCCGUGUCGCAGCCUUUCCCUGCCCGUGGGCACGGCCCGCCGCGCCGGGACGCCCGAUCCUGCGUGGCACAGCCACCCUCCUGCCGGCACCUCCCGGCUGCUGCGUGCCCGCUUGGUGCCCUCCUGUGGUUGCUGUCCCCACGCGUGGGCCCAGACAGGGCCCUCCUGUGGCUGCUGUCCCCACGCGUGUCCCCAGACACCGCUGUCCUGUCCUACCGCCGUUCCCAGGGCUGUCCCCCGGACGGUCCUGCCCGAGGCUGUGAGCUUCCUCCCAGCAGUGCCCUCCUCCGCCCAACCAAGGGCCGAUGCCCUUCACUUCCCCAGCGGCACCCGCCCGGCCCGGCUUAUGUCCGUCACCGUGACCUCGGCCUCCCCACCCGGCCCGUGUCUGUUUGUCUUUCCAGCCCAGCUCAUCGCCAGCCCGUCACCGGGUGUUGACUCUGCGCAUUCCUCCCCAGCCGGGAGUCAUUCACCGGGACUGGCACGCUGCCAUCCCCGCUCCCGGGCCGCCGUGCUGGGCUCCGUCUGGUGAUAACUUUGAGGACUUCACGUGAGGAGGAGGGAGAGGUGACCCUUGGUGACAGGCACCACCUGGGAACCGGGGUGUGGAUUAAUGCUGGCUCCAGCUUAGGCUGGGGAUAAAAGCGUCGAGGUCUGCCCCGGUCUCAGCCUGUCUCAGCUCUCCCCAGGUAGCACUGAGACCCAUCCUGCACCUGCCGGCACCAUGGCAUUGGGGUGGUCCUGCUGGGUCCUUCUGCUGCUCCUGCCUGUCCUGGCCCACGCUGGGGGGCCCGGCCCUGUCCUCAUCAAUCGUCCCUUCGUCACCAUCUGGAACAUCCCCACUGAGCGCUGCGCCCAGAAGUACAACAUCCACCUCAACCUGGAGAUCUUCGAUGUGUUGGCCAACGACCAGCAGUCCUUCAUCGGGCAGGACAUCACCCUCUUCUACAGCAAAGAUCUGGGACUCCUCCCCUACUACGCCUCUGAUGGGGUGGCAGUGAAUGGGGGGCUCCCCCAAAAUGCCAGCCUGGAAGCCCACCUCCACCAGGCCGCCCGGGACAUUGAGACCACCUUGCCCAGCCCUGCCUACGAUGGGCUAGCUGUCAUCGACUGGGAGAAGUGGCGCCCGCUGUGGGUCCGCAACUGGGGCCCCAUGGACAUCUACCGGCAGAAGUCAGAGGGGCUGGUGCGGCAACAGCACCCGCAGUGGCCCCCCCAGCAGGUGAAGAAGGAGGCCAAGAGGCAGUUUGAGAAAAGUGCCCGUGACUUCAUGGAGCGGACCCUGCAGCUGGGUGAGAAGCUCCGUCCCAACGGCUACUGGGGUUUCUAUGGCUUCCCCAACUGCUACAACAACGACUUCCACAGCCAGCCCUUCACCGGGAUGUGUCCAGCAGUGGAGCAGCAGAGGAACCAGGAGCUGCAGUGGCUCUGGAAGAGCAGCCGGGCGCUCUACCCGAGCAUCUACCUGCCCCCCGUCUUGAAUGGCACCAACAAGGCACUUGCCUAUGUCCGGCACCGUGUGGCUGAGGCCUUUGCCGUCCAGCGUGGCGUCCUCGACAGAGGCAUCCCCGUCCUGCCCUACUCCCAGAUCGCCUUCAGCAGCACCGUCGACUUCCUCUCCCAGGAGGACCUGGUGAACACCAUUGGGGAAAGCGCAGCUCAGGGUGCCUCUGGCAUCAUCCUCUGGGGCAGCCUCAACUACAGCAGCUCCAAGGAGAUGUGCCUGCGGCUGAAGGACUACUUGGAGGGGCCCCUGGGCCACUACAUCGUCAACGUGACAGCCAGCGCUGAUCUGUGCAGCCAGAGCCUGUGCUCCGGCCGGGGUCGCUGCGUACGCCAGGAGGGCAAGCAGGGCUUCCUCCACCUCGACCCCUCCCGCUUCGCCAUCGACCUGCAAGCCGGCAAGCCCUGGCUGGUCGCACAGAGCCUGGAAUCCAACGGCGACGAUGUCUUCCGGCUGGCCCAGGAGUUCAGCUGCCAGUGCUAUGACAAGUGGCAGGGACCUCGCUGCGACAUCCCGGGCUUUGCCGAGUGAGCUCCCCCACCGCACCGGGGACACCGGGCAGGGGAGGGUGACCAGAGGGACCCUCCCCAUGGGGCUGGGAACCCGGCCGUGGGGGCUGCUAAUAAAACGAGUAAGCACCUGCAA